AUGAUAACUUAUACAGUCGAAGUUGGUCAAGAUCAGCCUAAUGGUGGCAGAAUUCGACGUAGCAAGAUAGCGGCUGAAGGCCUUGUUCGCGUACCUGAAGUAGGCAUUCAUACUCUAUACGAUGUGCUCCAACAUAGUGCCAAAAAGUAUCCAGAACUCAAUGCGUUUGGUUAUCGAAAAGUGGAACGAGUCAUUGAGGAGGAAAAAGAGAUUGUCAAGGUCGUGGAUGGAGUUGAGACAAAACAAGUAAAAAAAUGGAAAUACUUUCAAAUGUCCAAAUAUUACUAUAUUACCUAUGCCGAAGCAGCUCAAAUAACCCUAGAUAUCGGUGCUGGUUUCAUCUAUUUAGGGCUUCAAGAGAAAUCAAAAGUGGAAAUAUUCGCACCGACAAGUAUGCACUGGUUGUUGACUGCCCAUGGACUCUUUACUCAAAACAUGACAAUUGUCACUGCUUAUGAUACCUUGGGUGAAGAGGGUUUACUGCAUUCCAUGAACGAAACAGAAGUAGAAGCCAUCUUUUCCUCCGCCGAACUCUUACCCACUGUGAAACGCGUUGCAAAAUCGUGCCCCUCACUCAAGCUUAUCGUUUAUCAAGGCAUAGCCAACCAUGAAGACUUGGAUUCUUCAGAGAUAGGAUCAGUCAAGAUACGCUCACUAGAUGAAGUGAUCAAGCUUGGAAAGGAGCAUCCUAUAGACCCACGCUUGCCAGAACCUGAGGAUCUCUGUUGCAUCAUGUAUACUUCUGGAAGUACGGGUAAUCCAAAAGGUGUGAUGUUGUCUCAUAAGAACGUGGUGGCUGCUGUUGCGUCAUCAGAUGCUAUCCUUGGCCGUCUUAUCUCACUGACAGAUUCUAUAAUGGCGUAUUUACCUCUUGCCCAUAUCUUUGAAUUUGUAACUGAGAACAUGAGUCUUUACUGGGGAAUCACUAUUGGCUACGGUUCGUUCCGAACCCUGACGGACAUAUCUGUACGAAACUGUAAAGGUGAUAUCAGGGAAUUCCAACCAACACUGAUGUGUGGUGUACCUGCUGUCUGGGAAGCUAUCCGCAAGAGCAUCGUCACUAAGAUCCAAGGCGCUUCUUCAAAUGCGCAAGCUGUAUUUAACAGAGCCUUCCACACUAAAGCCUGGUUUUUUGAACGAGGCUUGCCCACGCCAUUACUCGAUCGACUCGUAUUUAACAAGAUUCGCGAACAAUUUGGUGGACGAUUAAGAUGUGCCAUCUCAGCAGGCGCGCCAUUGGCAAUCGAAACACAAAAGUUUUUGACAAUCACACUUUGUCCCAUUAUUACAGGAUAUGGAAUGACAGAAAGCACAAGUGUAUGUACCCUCAUGUCAGACACACAACUCAGUUACGGUCAUGUAGGCUCUAUUAGCCCAGCAGUAGAAAUGAAACUUGUAGACGUCCCUGACGCAGGCUACUUUUCUACCAACGUAAAACCUCAAGGCGAAGUCUGGGUUCGAGGUCCAUGUGUCACCAAGGGGUAUUGGAAACGUGAUGACCUGACCAAGGAAACUAUUGCUGAAGGAGGAUGGCUGCAGACAGGCGAUAUUGCAGAAUGGAAUGAAGAUGGCACCUUGACGAUCAUAGACCGCAAGAAGAAUUUGGUAAAGCUAAGUAACGGUGAAUACAUUGCGCUCGAACGACUUGAAUCGGUCUACAAGAGUUGUAUGUUUGUGAACAACAUCUGUAUCUAUGCAAACUCGCUGCUUCCAAAACCUGUAGCGUUAGUAGUGCCUGCCGAAAAGGCGGUUCGUGCCUUGGCUGAUGAGCUAGAUGUUCAAGAGAAGGACUGGAAGAGCGUUUGUGCGCAUGCGGCUGUGAAAAAAGCAGUGUAUGCAACUCUCAUCAGUAAGGCAAAGGAAACGGGUCUUAAGCCGGCUGAGAUACUAUUUGAUAUUUACUUGUGCUCUGAAGAAUGGACGACGGAAAAUGGAUUAUUAACAGCUGCUCAAAAGGUGAAGCGUAAUGAUAUUGUCAAGAUGUAUAAACACGAUUUGGAGGAAAUGAACAAAAAUCAAUGUGCGUAA